AGCGGCUGUCAGUGCAAAAGUGGGAUAUUUGUAACUGCACACGACAGUACAGGGACUCCGAGAGAGGGGGGCUGGUCAUGCUUCGUGGUGCAUUGGUAGUUUUUUUAAACAUCAGUACUGUUUCUCAGUCAUGGCUCGGAUACUAAACCUCAUCAGAGUUCAGUUGCGCAGAGAUUUAGCCUCGUGUCGAGGCGUCGCUGGGCAGCCUCUGAGAACCAUCAGCUGCACCUCAAGAAAACAAGCAGAGGAGAGUGAUGCAUCUUCAGUUUUGGGAAAGCGGUGGAAGGACACUGCAGAGACUGUCAUCAUUGGUGGAGGGUGUGUGGGCGUCAGCUUGGCCUAUCACCUGGCCAAAGCUGGGAUGAAGGAUGUGGUUCUGCUUGAGAAGACUGAGCUGACAGCUGGAUCUACCUGGCAUGCUGCUGGCUUGACAACAUACUACCAUCCAGGGAUCAACCUCAAGAAAAUCCAUCAUGACAGCAUAAAAUUAUAUGAGACCCUGGAGGCUGAAACUGGACAGGCAGUGGGCUUGCACCAGCCUGGCAGCAUUCGUAUUGCUUCAACGCCGAUUCGAGUGGAUGAAAUGAAGUACCAGAUGACCCGCACACACUGGCAUGUGACAGAACAGUACCUCAUCGGACCAGAAAAAAUCCAAGAACUCUUCCCUCUGCUUAAUAUGGAUAAGGUGUUGGCAGGUCUUUACACCCCAGGAGACGGCCACAUCGACCCUUACUCUCUGACUAUGGCUCUGGCUGCUGGAGCUCGUAUGUAUGGUGCCCAGAUUUAUAAUAAUGCCCCCGUGACGAGCCUCAAGCCAACGUCUGAUGGCAAGUGGGACGUGCAGACCUCUCAUGGAACAAUUCGGGCAAACCGCAUUGUCAACACAGCAGGUUUCUGGGCCCGGGAGGUUGGCAAGAUGAUUGGGUUUGAACACCCUACUAUUCCAGUGCAUCACCAGUACAUUGUGACAGCAACGAUACCAGAGGUGAAGGCUCUGAAGAAGGAGCUGGCAGUCAUCAGGGACCUGGAGGGGUCUUAUUACCUGCGUCAGGAAAGAGAUGGCCUGCUGUUUGGCCCCUAUGAGAAGAUGGAAAAGAUGGUUUUACAGGACUCCUGGGUGAGAGAUGGAGUACCACCAGGUUUUGGAAAGGAGCUGUUUGAGUCUGACUUGGACAGGAUAAUGGAGCAUGUGGAAAAGGCCAUGGAGAUGGUCCCUGUACUAAAGAAAGCUGACAUCAUUAACAUUGUUUCUGGACCAAUCACAUACACUCCUGACCUCCUGCCUAUGGUUGGACCACACUGUGGAGUUCGCAACUACUGGACAGCGAUUGGCUUUGGGUAUGGUAUUAUUCAUGCUGGUGGCAUAGGCAAGUUCCUGAGUGAAUGGAUCACGAACGGAGAACCUCCAUACGACCUGAUCGAAUGUGACCCCAACCGCUAUGGCAAGUGGACUGAUGUACCCUUCAUAUGUGCCAAAGCUCGAGAAUCCUAUGGCUUCAACAAUGUGGUUGGUUACCCCAAGGAGGAGCGUUUUGCUGGCCGACCAACCUGCCGAACUAGCGGUGUUUAUGAGCUGCUGAAAGACAAAGGAUCUAUGGGCUUUCAUGCUGGCUGGGAGCAACCUCACUGGUUCUACAAACCUGGAGAUGACAUUGGAUACAAACCCAGCUUCCAACGCACCAACUGGUUUGGACCAGUUGGAAGAGAGUGCAAGCUGGUGAUGGAGAAGGUUGGAGUAAUAGACCUGACACCUUUUGGCAAGUUCAUAGUAAAGGGGAAGGACUCACACAAGCUUUUGGAUCGCCUCUUUGCCAACACCAUGCCCAAGGUGGGCAUGACCAACAUCAGCCACAUGCUGACACCCUCUGGGAAAGUAUACGCUGAGGUUACCAUCACCCAGCUGGCACCAGGAAGGUUUCUGCUCGUCACAGGUUCCGGCUCGGAGCUGCACGACCUCAGGUGGAUAGAAACUGAAGUUGCACAAGGUGGAUAUGACGUUGACAUUACAAAUGUGACAGAAGACAUAGGUGUGCUGGGCAUUGCCGGACCAAACUCUCGCAAAGUUCUCCAGAAACUGACAAAUGAGGAUAUGAGUGAAGCUGGAUUUAAGUUUCUCCACUGCAAGUCCAUCCAGCUUGCCGGCAAGCCUGUCCGUGCCAUCAGGAUCUCCUACACCGGUGAGCUUGGCUGGGAGCUGUACACUGACCAGAAGGACUUGGCAGCUGUGUACCUGGCCAUGAUGGAAGCAGGAAAAGACGAGGGCAUUGACAAUUUCGGCACCUAUGCCAUGGCCUCGCUCCGACUGGAGAAGGGCUUCAGAGGCUGGGGAGCUGAGAUGAACUGUGACACUAACCCUCUGGAGGCAGGACUAGAUUAUUUUAUUAAACUAAACAAGCCUGCUGACUUCAUCGGCAAAGCAGCUCUCCAGGAGAUCAAAGCCAAGGGCCUGAACAGGAAGCUGUCCUACAUUGCUGUGAACACAGAUGAUAUCGACCCCGAAGGCAACGAGACUGUCUGGUACAAUGACAAGGUGGUUGGCAACACAACCUCUGGAGCCUACAGCUACAGCAGCCAGCAGAGCCUGGCAUUCGCUUAUCUACCUCUGGAAUUAAGCACUUUGGGCCAGAAGGUGGAGGUGGAACUGCUUGGGAAGAAGUACCCCGCCAACGUCAUCCAAGAGCCCUUAAUCCACACUGAGCCCACGCGGACCCGGCUGCAGAAGAAAGCUCAGAGCAAAGCAUAAACACAGGCCGUCCUCUCAUCAGUUUCCCACCAGUGAAUGAAGAACAAUCUUGCUGUGAGUCAGGGUGGUUCACAUCCUGAGUUGCUUGUGUUCACGUCUGUGGCCAGUUCAGGUCAACUUUAUUCCGUUUUCUUACAAGGAACAAGUCUGAAACAGGCGUGCAAAAGCUCAGCACAGUCUUAUAAACUGGGGUGUUCCUGCACCACAGUGUCUUGCAUUGUUGACAGAGUAAUUUCAUUUUUGUAAUUUCAUGAAUGGGUUGUCAAAUGUUUACGCAUCAACUGUUGUCUCUCUUAUGAAGAAGAACUCAUUUUCAGAUUGAAUGGUGCCCAAAUAAGUCUUGACUUUUGUGCUUAAAAAAAGAUCAGUGUUUGCAAAGCUGUACAAAGAUUUAACCAAAUGUGUUUUCUGUAAGUAUAAUUAAAUGGAUGUACAUUGAUAAUUAAAGCACUCACUGUGUUCCCACUC